AUGGAUUCUUCGUUGGCAACUCCCAACCUCAUUCCUGCUUAUACUGCAGGAUCUCAACUGGGCUCCAGAUCGGGUUCGAUCAAUUCCCCAUGUGCACCUAACACGCCCAUUGGCCAGUCCAAGCUAUCAAAUGUUACCGAAGCCUUUCUGUUGCGGCAUUUUCAAAAAUACCUCGCGCCGUGGCUUGACGCAUUUAACCCCGAACGACAUUUCUCUACAGACGUCAUUGAGCGCGCAACUCACUCUCCCUUAUUACUGUAUGCAUGUCUAGCAGUCUCUGCAUGUCACCUAUCCCGAACAACAAAUUCUAUUGCCGACAACGUCGCGCACGGAUACCAUGAGCGCUGUAUCUCCAUCAUGCUCUCGGUCCUCGAUAAGCCCGAGUUCGAAAUCGGAAUCGACAUCCUUCUCUCCUCAACGGUCAUUCUACGGUUUUUCGAAUCAAUCUCCUGUGCGUGGACCACCAUCUUCCACGCAAAAUUACUUCGUCUGGCUAAUAUCCACCAAACAGCCCAUAGUCCCCCAAAUGACCAACAACACCAUCUCCUAGCCGGUUCAGUGUAUAUCAGCUCCCACGUGGACUCUGCUAUCUCGGGCGGACUGGCAUCGGCUUCCUUCUGGGCCUACGUCAUUCAAGAUAUUCAAUUCGCGCUCACCUACCAGAAAUGCCUGCGGCUAACAUUCGCCCCAUUCGAUGACCGCCUGCGACGAUGGUGGGCUGCCAAACCUGCCCUCAACGAUGGAGACUGGACAAACCGGGCGAUAUGGUUAUUGGCUGAGACUAUCGAUUUCUGUUUUAAUAUCUCGGGCCGAAGUUACGACGGUAGACUCGGAAGCCCGGGGGAGACUGCGCUCCGGCAUCGAAUUCGUGAUUGGGAGCUGAGCCGACCUGAUACGUUUAUGCCGUUGCAUGUUUCGCCGCCGGAUCCUGGGAGUGGGAAGCCUUUCCCUGUUGCUUGGUAUACGAGUUUGUGGCAUGCUACUGCGAUUCAACACAUCUGUCUCACCAAAUCGCUGAUGCUCAUUCGUGAACUCGAGUUUUAUGAUCGGAGCAUGUUGAAUUUCGAGCAGCCUGUCAAACUAAGGAACGAUCUCGCCGAAACGCUGAAUUUCAUGUUCGGAAUCGCCAUAUCUGCCGAUGACGAUCCUUCACUGCGUAUCACAGCUUGCCAUGCACUUUUUGCUUGCGGUUCAUGGGUGGAAGAUCAUGUCGUACAGGGUUUGCUGAUUGAUCUUCUUCGUCGAACGGAAAGGGAAAAUGGCUGGCCGUGGGAAUAUGUGCACAAUCAAGUUGUGCAAGCGUGGAGGUCGACGUAG